CGGUCUCGUGUCUGUGGGAAGUGGAGUUUUUAUUUGGAAAACCAAAACAAAUGUGAUCGGCGCCUUUUAAGCAACAAUGAGCCAGCCGUCCAGAAACCAGCGUGCACAGAGAGAGAGAAAUGGUGGUAAUAGAGACAGAGAUCCCCACACCCGACGGGACAAUCCUAGUGACCGACGAUCAGGCAGUGAGAGCCAGCCCCCGCUCUACCCCAGAAAUGAUCAGAGAUCUGUGAGGAGCGCUCCUCGAGAGCAACACCGGGAGUCAAAGUGCUCUCACGUCUGUUCCAGGAGAGGUAUCGUGUUGUUAUGUUCCAUCCUGACCAAUGUGUUGGUGCUCAUCUGCGUGGUGGCUGCUCACAUGUCACAGAUGGGAAUGUCUGCGAUGGGUAUGGGCGGCGGAAGCUUUAUCGACGCCAUGAUUCCUUUUGAGGGGACGGAGCUGCAGAAGGUGCGUGAACUUGACAUGCAGUUCGGACAAAUGAGAGCACCUCUAGUCUAUGGAGGCGUGGCCUUCAGCCUCACAUUUGGUGUUCUUUCACUCCUGUUCGUUGUGUCCGGCAACAAACCCGCCCACAGGCUUCCACGGAAGAUCCUGAUUGGACAGUUUUCGUUCCAGAUCAUUGGUGCAGUGGCUUACGUGGUUGCUGUUGGUUUGUACCUGCAUUUCGUGAUCUAUGUGAACUCAACCGACAUGUGCCUUCAACGCGAACGACUGUAUGCUCGUAACGGAUAUACCUGGAUGAACUGUAGCGUAAACGGGGGGGAUGCAUCCGUCGCACUAUUUGGAAUCAUAACCGCAAUUCUUUAUGCUGCUGGCACCUUUUUAACGGGAAAAACAAUCCAGGAAGUCAGAAGUUACUUUAAGGACCGUGACCGUUACAAAGCCGAACGAAGAGAGGAAACCAGAGGUCCCCAAGAAAGAACUGUUAAUUCUGACCUCUAUGUCUGAGUUGUGCUGCAGAAAUG